AUGUCAGGUACAAUUCACGAAAGGGAUGAUAGUGAUUAUGAUGAAUUACACAAAUCGGAAUUAGAAUAUGAUGCUUUACAAUUUAAUAACAAUAUUAAUCGAAAUAGUCAAAAUAUUUAUAAUUCCAAUACAUUAUCACUUCAAAUUCCAUCGAGAACUUCCUCAUCUAAAACAAACAUACUUAAAAAGUUAGGACUUUUGAAAUUUUUCGAAGUCGAUGAUUCAUCAACUACUACUUCGUUUUUAGAAGAUGGUUACGUUAGAGUAGUUUUCCACGUCCAUCUUCCUCCAAAACUUGAGAAUAUCUCUCGUGAUUUCCCCUUAAUAGAUAAAGCAAUUCCUUGCGUAAUUGGUAGUAUUGAUGAACUUGGUAAUUGGGAAAAUGAGGUAGUUCCACUUAAACAACCUUAUUUUAAACCGCUUAGAGGAUUUUAUGGGGAAAAGAAUAGUACUUAUUGGGUGUCUGAACCCGUGAUGAUUCCAAUAAGCAAGUUUGAAGAAGGUGAGGUUAGGUAUAAAUACGCUGUACAAAUUAUUGAAAAAAUAGAUAAAAAAAGUAUUAAAGCUGAAGAAAAGAAGAUUAAAGAAGCUGAGAAAAAUGCUGAAAGGGAUAGAAAAGAAGCAAAUAAGAAAAAUGAUAUUAUUCAAGAUGAUGAAAAUAAUAGGGAAAAAUUAAAAGGAAAUGAAAAACCAGACAAAAAAAUAAAGGAAGAACCUAAAGUUAUUUGGUUUCAUGAAAUUAUUUAUGAUUCUCAGGAUUAUCGUAUAUUAAAUGUAAAAGGUGAUCAAAUUAACCAGUUUGAUAUAGUGAACAAAAUAAACCUUUAUAAUCGUUCGUAUCAUAAACGUAUUCAUGAUUACGAAUUCUUUAAAAUAAUCUGGAAAUCACUUACACCUGAGAAUGCUAAAAUAAAGCUCAAGGAAUAUCUAGACACUUUGGAACGUUUUCCAGAUGAAACUUUAUCUGCGAUUGAUGUAACCUUUAUCGAGGAUUUACUUAAAAGUACAAGCGACAAAGAAAAACGUUUAUUUUUAAGUAUUGUACUAGGUUAUUACAUUAUUACGCGUUCUAACACAUUCGGAAAUUAUAACUUGCUCGGCAAAAAAUUUCCGUCUCAAGCUGUGUUUGAAUGUAUUGAAAAAUUUCUACCGGAAAAUUGGUUACCUAAUACUACUGAAAUACUUUUAACAACUCUUCGAGCUUCGAUUGUACGUGACGUACAAUAUGAUGACUUUUUUUGGGUGAAAGCUAUGUUCACGUUUGCGCAUUCACUAGAUCCGGAUUAUAACUUUUUGGACUGUAUUUAUAAUCAAAAAUUUAACGAAAAAUAUUCUGAAUUACUCGUUACCUAUUAUUUUCCAAGAUAUGUUACUCCUAAUAUUAACAAGAUUGAAUAUGAUGAAACAUAUUGUAAAAUCGCCAAAUGGAUGAUAAAGAUAUGCUGUAAUAUGGAUCAAUUAUUAAAAGUAUGGAGUUCCUCAAUAGAACAUACGAAUGCCAGAGAUAUAUUGCUGAGAAAAACAUUCCUUGAGCGUGUACAACACCACAUCUCAUCUGUCCCUGCUGAAUUACUACAAAAAUAUUUUGCUUCAAUUUCCGAUGAUUUCAAGGUAGAUGUAGCUGUUCCUUUUCGAAGAGCUACUUUUGCUUUAUUAGAUCGUACUUAUGUUCAUAAAUGGACAAUAUUAAACGUGGAUGCUAUAUAUUCUUUAUUACAAAAUGAUUUGCUUGAAUGGACUAAAGAAGAUCAUCUUCGUGCUCUCGAAAUUAUUUCACACUCAAAAAGCAAAUUAUUAUUAAAUAAAUUUCCUAAUCUACUUAAAUUCUGGUUUAAUAAAUAUAAUAAAAUUAUUAAUUUAUCAGAAUCAGAUGAAAUUCCUAAUAUUUGCGAACAUUGGUAUUAUAGUAUGUUAUCUCAUCUUGAUUUCGCUACCGGUGAUUGGAAAUACGUUCACGAUGUAUUUGAAAAUUUAUCAUAUAUAUUUAAUACCAUAAAGAAUCAUCCAAAUAUAUUGGAUAAAUUGAUUAAAAUUGCUAUUGAUCGAUGUAAUCAAUGUAGUGAUACUAGGAUCUUUAAAGCUACAAAGCAUAUUCACAAAUUUCAUAAAAUUGAUCAAGAUCUUGUUACUCCAUUUGCUCAAAUGGUGAAAGGAAAAAUUAUUCUUAAAGAUAUUGAUGAUUCGUUGUUGCAAAAGAUGCAACAAAUUUGUGCAUGUAAACCCGAUGUUUUGGAUGUUCCCAAUUCGUUAUGUGAGGAAAUAUUAUUAUAUAUAGUAGAACAAUUGAAAACUUUACAUCCCUUAUCUGACAAAUCAGAUUCUGAAAUUUCUUCUACCUCAAUAAUUCUUCUUCGUCAUUCCAAAUUUUGGAAUUUAAUAUUAAAUCCAACUGGUCAAGUUACAAGAUUGAAAUCACAUUCUUAUAUUAAUCAAGUUCAAAAUAUUAUUCGUAAUUUCGAAAAUAUCUUGACACAAGAAUCUAUCACUUUCUUAUUCUUACAAAGAUUACUUCUUAAUCAAGAUGAUAUGUUGAUUCGAUUUUUUAAUUCCGAAAAAAUUAAUAAAUCAACUAUUAAUAAAUUAAGAGAUCAAUGUCAAAGUUAUUUGAAUAAAAAAGAUAGAUUACAUACUUUUUAUACAAGAUUUUGUUCUCAAGAUAAAGUUAAAGAUUUAAAUUUUUUUCUUGAUGAUAUAAAUGAAAGAUCAACAAAAUUAGAUAAUUUAACUCUUAAAGAAACUCAAUCACCAAAUCAUUGGAACAAACAUGAAAUCUCUGAAGAAGCUGCAAAUAUGGUAUAUGAAUUAAUUGAUUCACAAACAUUUAAAAAUAUUUUUGAAAAUGUAAUGAAAAAUGAAGAAGGUGGAAAUGUUUCAAUGGAAAAAUUGGUUAAAACUAUUAUACCAUUAGUAAUUCAAGAAUAUAAAAGAUUUGCUCGACAAUAUAAAACUGGAAAUUGGGAAACUCUUAAAUGUUCAAAUCAAAUUGUACUUUGGCAAAGAGUUAAUAAGGGGAAUAUUAGAAAUGAACUUGAUUAUUUAAAAAUAAAAAAAACGGAUCGAUUAGUACAAACAAUGAUACAUAUGACUCAAUUUCCUAUAUAUAUUGAAAGACUUCAACAAUUAAAUCAAGUUAUGUUAAUAUUCAAGGUUUUAUAUACUAAAGGUGGUUGGCUUAGUACUAUGCUAAUGAUUCUUGAAAAUGAAUAUUUAUGGCUUGGCGCUCUUAAUGAUUUUUUCUCUUAUUAUAAUAAACAUUUAUCAUAUCUUAAAGAUAAUUGUUGGGAAUUAAUUAAAGCAUUAUCAUUAUCUCAUGAUUUUGUUAAAUGGCUUCGAUCUAUAGCUGAACAUAAUAUAAGAAAUUUGAUUAAUAGUGUAGAUGACCAAUCAGAUGAACGACUUAUUCAGGAAGAAACAAUGUCAUCAUUGAUUCAAGUACAUCAAGUUUUAGUACCAUUAAUUAAAAGUGAUGAAAUCCUAACUAUUAAAAAACUCUUGAGAAAAUUGGUAUUAAUUGUGGAUACAAAUCCAAAAUUGGGUCAAAAAAUCGAAUUAUGUCAUUGUAAUAGAAAUGCAUUGGAAAAUUUGGUAAAGAAUGUUGAUAAUAAAACUGAAAUUACUCAAGAAAGAAUUAGUAACUCUGUUAAAAAAGGUGUUUUUACUUUUCAACGACUUGAAAAUGAUGAUAAAUGUACUGCUACUUUAUCUUAUGCAACACGAGUAAUCUCAGAAACUUUAGAUAAGCAAAUGACAAAGUUCACAUUAAAUGAUCUACUCGAUUUACGAGGACGUGCCCUUUUGAUUUCAAAACCUGGAAUCACUUUGGAUGUGGAGAUUCUCGGUGAGGAAGGAUUACGACAUGAUUUGGCUAAAAAGACAAUGAUUGAAUUUGUUGAUCAAGUUGAUUUGGCUCAAGAGAUCUGUAGAUUGGCUUCGGAAUUGAUCCAAAUGGGUCAUUUUAAAUAUAGGAGAUUUAAUAAAAAUGUUAAAGGAAUCGAUGAAAUGGAAUAUUUACUUGAUGAAUUAAGAGUGGCUUUAGAUGAAUGGAAAAAAAUUGUGAACAAAGCACAAGAAAAAUAUUAUUACCUGACUUUCUUUCCAGCUAGACAAAUUUUGGUAUUCUACGAUUAUUUCAGCCAAAGUGCUAAAGAUAAAAUAGAAAAUAUUGAAGAAUGUAAAGCUCUUAUAACCUUUGUAAAUAACAAUGUCGAAUUACCACCAUCAGAUGUAGUAUUAAAUAAUAUACUUAAUUAUAACACGCCUAAUGAUAACACAGAUGAUGAUAUAGAUCUUCCGAUGGAAGUAUUUGAUGAUAGUAUUAGUAAAACGAAUGAAUUAGUAAAUAAAGUUUUUGGACAAAGUUAUUAUAAAAAUCUAUGCGCAUUAGGAAAGAUAUUAGGAUAUUUAUUCAGGAAUAUUUAUAAUAAACCAAAGCGAGUAGCACAAAACAAAAUAGAAAGAGUAAAAUCUGAUUUCGUCUUUUCAGGAAAAUUAUUUGUGGCCGCAUGUAAUGAUAAAUUACUUGUUCCAAAUAUUAUAAUGUCAUUAUAUGUUAAUCAUGAAUCAUAUCCUCAACCAUGGCAAAUAUUAAUAUGUACUCCAUCAACUACUUUGGAAGAACUUUCAAUCUUUACUAAAAGAUGUUUCUUUGCAUCAAAAAAUGGAUAUGAUGAUUAUUUAUUUUGUAUUGCUAAUUUAGAAUUAGUCGAAUUUGAACUACAAUAUCAACUUGUUAACAUUAUUAGAUCAAUGAGUGAUAAAUUUGAUAAAUAUUUAUUGGCCCUCAUAUGUUGUCGAGAACCUGGGGUUCAUCAUCAUAUUUUGGAUCAAUUCUCACAGGAUGUUCAUACAACAAAUGGUCUUGAUAUGAAUUCCAUGAAAAUAAUAUAUCAAGAAUUAUGCCCUGAAGUUUUUUGUGUGACAUCGGAAUUUUCUGGUUUAGGAAAAACUGAAUGGAUUAAAAAUAAAAGUUAUGAAUUAAAGAAAUCUCCAAAUAGUUUUUUAAUUAAUGAUGAUGUUGAUUUUAGAACAUUAGUUAAACGAUUUAAAGAAUUUAAGAUUCAACCUUUUGAAAGUUUACAUUUAAAUAUAGUAUCAGCUAAUCAUCCUAGAGAUGUUAAUAUGUUUAUAUUUGAACUAUUAACUUUAAGAAUGGUUGUUAAUAGUAUUGAUAUAGCUCGUUUACUCAACACUACUAUUUUCAUAGAAAUUGCUUCAACUGCUGAUCAACGUUUUUUUAAUUCUAUACCUAUAGUUCAAUGCCUUGCAAUUACCAAUUUGAAAUGGGACAUUAGAAAUCUCAAAAUAUCAAAAGAAAUACAUAGUCCUAUUCAGAUAGUUUGUCAUUACUUAAAUGCUUAUGAAAGAACUAUUGAUACUAAGGAUCUCUUAUUUCAAACAACCGGGUCUGAUGUUACAAAACCUAUGUCUGAUGAGGCAUGUCAAGACCUGAUUAAUAAAUAUUUAUUUGAUAAUGGCACUAGUAAACAAGAUGUUACAUCAUUCAGAUUUAUUGAAAUAUUCAUUAAUGUCUUUGCUGAUCAAUUGAUUCGUUUUUCUUCGAGUCAAUUUUUCCAAGUUGAAAAUUUAAAAGUCAUAACUAAAGAAAAAGAAAUUCGAAAAACUUUACUUCGAACAUUUUUAGAUGUAUCUAAAGAUUUUGCAACAUUAUCAUUUAAAACUAAAACUGCUCAAUUGGAAUCAAUAACUCCAUCAAAUAAUGAUAAAUUAGCAACCAUAGUUAAUUGGGAUGAUUCAAAUCAUCUUUUGGUAUUUUUCUUAUCCCAAACACCAGAUUCUAUUUGUGCUUUAUAUCGUGAUGAGAAACGAAUUCCUGAAAAUGUUAAAAGAUUAUUAAAAAGUCAACAUACUGAUAAAGAUAAGAAAUUUCAAUUGGAAAAUUAUAAUACUAUGGAUACAACACAAUUAUUGGAAAAGUUGGAACGUUUGGCAAGAAAAACUAUGCAUAAAAUUAAGUAUCCUCGUUAUGCAUUAUCAGUGGAUAAUUUAAUAAAGAUGGCUUUAAUUUUGUUAAGAGCUCGUGCUGACAUUCCGGUGAUAGUUUGUGGUGAAGCAGGAUGUGGAAAGACAAGUUUAAUUGGCUUUUUAUCACAAGUAGUUGAAGUAAAGUUCAAGUCAUUAAAUUUACAUGCCGGUGUGACCGAAGAAAAUAUCUUAUCUUUUAUGGCAGAAGCUCAAAAAAUUGCAGAUAUUUCUGAACUAUGGUUAUUCUUUGAUGAAAUAAAUACUUGCAACCAUAUAGGUCUUCUUGCAGAUUUAAUAGCUCAUAGGAUGCUAAAUGGUCGUCAAAUACAUCCUAAUAUUAGAUUAUUUGCAGCAUGUAAUCCGUAUCGUAUACGUACAAAGGAUCAAAGUAAUGUUGGAUUGUCUACCAAGGCCAAAAAAAAGGAAAUUAGAUAUGAAGAACGUAGUAAUUUAGUAUAUCAAGUUAAACCAUUACCCGAUCAAAUUCUUGAUUAUGUUUGGGAUUAUGGAAUUCUCCAAGAAAAAGAAGAGGAAAGUUAUAUUCAAACCAUGGUUACUGAAGCAUUAACAAAAGAAUAUUCAAACGUAGAUACGUUUGCAAAAUUAAUAUUCAGAUCUCAAAUAUUUAUUCGUAAAGAAGAAGAACCUUACAGUGUUAGUCUUCGGGACGUGAAACGAGCAAUUACCCUAGUAAAAUUCUUUAAGGACAGUUUUACAAAAAGACCACAACAAAAUGAGACAAAGUAUCCUCCAAAUGAUGGAAUCGGCAUUUCACUUAGAUGUUAUGUAUUAGCAUUAGGUCUUUGUUAUCAAUGUAGAUUAUAUGAUCAAAUAACAAGAAAAGAAUAUCGUGAAGAAAUGGCAAAAAUUAUUAGUGAAGACAUAAGUAAAAGUACAAGAAAAUUUAAAUUUAACGAAGAAGAUUUUAGUAAGAUUAUUAGACAAGAGCAAGAAGAUUAUAUUAAUAGAAUGACUUGCCCUCCCAAUACUGCAAAAAAUGAAGCACUCUUGGAAAAUGUUUUGGUUAUGAUUGUUUGUAUUCUCACCAAAAUUCCCGUAUUCAUCAUUGGAGCUCCUGGGUCAUCGAAAUCAUUGGCAGUUAGGCUUGUAAGUCAGAAUCUGAAAGGAUUUGAUUCUGAAGAUGAUUAUUUCCGAAAAUUACCACAGGUCUAUCUUAUUCCACAUCAAGGCUCUUCAUCAUCAACGUCAGAUGGUAUAUUAAAAGUAUUCGAAAAGGCUAACAAUUAUCAAAAAACAACUUCUAAAGAAUUUCCUGUGAUAAGUGUUGUAUUGCUAGAUGAAGUUGGUUUGGCUGAAACAAGCCCAUUCAAUCCAUUAAAAGUCCUUCAUUAUUUACUCGAACCACCUUAUGGAUCCGAUAGUCAAACUGUUUCAGUGAUCGGGAUAUCUAAUUGGAGGUUGGAUAACAGUAAAAGUAGCAGAGCUUUGUUGGUUCAAAGGCCCAAAUUCGGUCGUAACGAUUUAGUUGAUACAGCAGUUCGUUUACUAAGUCCCAAGAUUGAAACUAAUGAAACAAAUGAAAUUAAAUCCAAUAUAUCGAAAGUCUCUCUGGAACCACUUGCCGAUGCAUACUCAAUCUAUGAACAAACUGGUCAACAAUUCGCAAAUUUCCAUGGCUUGCGUGAUUAUUAUGCCCUUGUAAAAUCCCUUUCAAAAGCUGAUCUUACACCAAAAAAUAUCCAAAAAGCUCUGACUCGCAAUUUUGGUGGUACCGAUAAAACUCAAGAGUUAUGUGAAAAAUAUUUUGCACAAGUACUAAGGAAUUUUAACCAACAACGUGAAUGGGAAUACAUACCAUUACCAAUAGAAGAUUUAAUAAAUGCAAAUCUUGAUGAUAAGGAUGCAAGACACUUGAUGGUUAUCGGUAAAAGUGAUUCUAUAGUGAAUUGGUUAAUAUAUAAAUUGAGGAAUAGAAAUUUGGAUCCAAUUGUUAUUAUGGGAUCUCAAUUUCCUGAUGAUCAGGAUGAUUAUGCCUAUAGUGUAUUAAGUAGAAUCAUGAUGUGUGUUGAAACUGGAAGACCAUUGAUUCUUACCGAUUUGGAAAUUAUUUAUGGAAGUCUUUAUGAUCUAUGGAAUCAGAAUUAUAUCGUUGCAGGUAGUGCGGAUAAUCCAAAAUAUUAUACCAGAGUGGCUCUUGCUGAUCCACCACUUUUAAAUCGAUUCGAAAAGCAAAAGAUGACAAUCAAAGAUACUUUGACCACAACUGAAUUCCAAAUAGUUGAGCAACUACUAACAUGGGUAGAUCAAAUGUCAAAAAUUUUUGGAACACAAGAUAAUCAAUCAAAAUUAAACGAAGAUUUUAAACAAAAAGAUUUGUUUAUUGGAUUCGAUCCUGAUGAAACUGUUCAAAGUUUGGUCAUUGAUACCAAGAAAAAUCAUCCAAAUAGUGAUGAUCGAGAUAUCUUGAUGAAAUGUAAAGAAAAGUUGGUAGCUAUUGCUUCAAGUGAUGGUAUUAUCAGAGCUGAAAAAUCAGAGUUAGAUGAUGAUGAGAAAAGAUAUUGGAAAAAAGUCUAUUUCGAACAUCAACAUCAUGAUAGUAUUGUUGACUAUAUUCAAGAUGCAUUGAACCAAUCUAAUAGUUCAUGUGGACUUCAAAUUAUCAUUAACACAUUUUCCAACAUAAAUACUGAUAUUAAAGCAUGUUUAGAUGGAAUUGUCAAUUGUCAAGUUGAUAAAUUAUCUACCUUUAAAACUGAAUCUCAACUUCAAAAUAGGAUAAAAGAUUUCUGGUUAGAGUCUACUGAUGAAAUGCUUAUUCUUCAAUGCGAUAUUACAGUUGUAAAUGCUGGAUGUAUUAAAUUGGCAAAAUUCUUAAUCGAACAAUUUAAAAAUGAAUAUUUGAUGAAACGAGAAAAAAGACCUGAACUUGCUUGGAAGACUAAGCAUGCAUGUAUUAUUAUGCAUAUUCAUAGAGAACAAGAAAAUUCUUCUGCAUCAUUCAAUUUUAUGUGCGGAUGGGAUCAAGUCACUAUUGAAACUCUUGCGAAACAAGAAAAAUCACUUUCGGAAUUUAUGGAUAAAAGUAUUGAAGAAGUCAUAAAUACUACUUAUUUGUUUGAAAGUAUUUUGAAUCAAGAAUUGUUAUGGUGCUUAUUGUGCAUGAAAUAUCCUUCAAGUAUGAGAUCUAUUGAACAUAUCAAAAUUUUGAGUGCAAAUAUACAUAAGCAUCCAAAAUUGGUAGAAUGUAUGAAAUCAUACACGCGGUCAUGGUUACAAGAAAAAGCUUCAACAAAUUGGCAAUAUAAUGUGGCAUCUAACAAAAAACUGUUAUAUAUUUAUCCAUCUUUAUCUGUGGCAUUAAUAACACAUAUCAGAGGACUUGUUAGGAUACCAAUAGCAAAAAUUCUGUGCGCACUUGAACAACAUGCAGCAAUCAGAACCUUUUUUGACAUUGAUGCUUUAGACGAUGACAAAUUUCUUCUUGAUUUUUGGUUUAGCAUGUUCAAUAAUAAACAAAUCAUAGAUCUUGAAAAAAUUCCAGAACCAUCACCAGAUUUUUAUAGCAUGCCACCAGGAAUUUACAAUUUGAAAUUUCCCUUUUCAUAUUAUUUUAUGAAACAGAUUGACAAUUUCAAGCCACUCUAUCAUGAGGAAAUUAAUAUAUUAUCGCAAGAUCCUCAAAAAGUCGAUUCAAUAACUGGUGAACUUGAUGAGGAUGCACACGAAGAUUAUCUUAAAGAAUUAACUGAGAAAAUACUCUCAAUUAAUCUACUAUUAGAGACAGCACCUAUAAAUAGAGUACCAGAAUCUUAUUUCAAAGAUUUUGUUUCAGUUAUUGCUUAUAGUGAACCUGGUAACGAAGAUCCUGAACAACUAGAAUUAAUAUUUAAACGAAGGCUUGGAGAAAUAAAAGUGUUGAACCCUGUCGCAUUGCAUGCGUAUUGGUGGUCACAUGGAACUUCUAUCAUAGCAGAAUCACAAAUAAUUAAAAUCUGUCCGCAACUAAAAGAUAUUACAGAUAGUGAUAUUAGCGAUAUAUCAGAAAUUAUCAAAAGUGCUGUGGAAAUAAUGUUGGAUAGAAUUAAAAGUGGAGAAGAAGCCGAAAGAUGGAAACACGAUGCCAAUAAAAUUAUUACGCUUGGUAAAAAGAUAUCCACUGAUUCAAUAUCUCUUCAGACAUUAAAAUUUUAUAAUGAUUUGCUUAGCAUUGGCUCGAUUCGAAAGAAAAACAUUUUACAAAUUAUUUCCCUUGGACAAAAUUCUAACCAAAUAAUCAGCAUUGAAAUGUUAGAAGCAGUUUUUGAAAUUUUAAACAAUACUCAAAACACCGAAAGAAAUGUAUCUAAACGAACCAUAAUAUUAAGUUUUCUUGAUAUAAUUCCAGUAGAAUCUGAUGUAAGGAUUCAACUUUAUAAACAAUUGUUUUCAGGCGAACCAUUGCAAUUAAUGAGCGUAAUCAUUAAAAGAAUCUUUGCAAUCGAAGAAGAGCAUCACAAAGAGGUGUUUUUCAAACUUAUUCAAAAUGAAACAAAUAUUUUACAAAUAUCUCAAAGAUUAUAUGUUAUAGAUAAAUCUAUAAAAGAUCUCACUUCUGACGUGGCAACUUUAUGCUGUGAUAUUAUCCAACAUGAAUAUUUUCAUAAAACCAAUUUAACUACAUUAGCACCAUACCUUCAAUCAGCUUUAGAAGUAAUAUGUAAUGAAGUACAAUCAUUAAAACAAAUUGUAGCAAUAGCAUUUUUAAAAGAAUUUGUUGGGAUGUUUUGGGAUUUAGUUUUUCAAGAUAAAGAUCGAUCCAUUAAGCAUCAUCUCAUGAGAAUCGAACAACAUGAACUUUUAAACAAUAUUGUUGGUUUCAUGGAUAUGUCACAACCAUUGAUUCAUUCACUAAAAAUAUAUUUUCUUCGAGAUUUGAGACAGCGUGGCCUAUCAUUCGAUGAUGUGAAAAGAUUUUGUAAAGGAAGAUCUAACGAAUUAUCCUGGUGUAAUCAUUUCUCAUGGGAAACAAAUGAUUCAUCUCGGUUACCGUUCAAUCCAUACUGGCAUCUAUCUAAAAACAUUGAAGCCGAAAGUGCAUACACACGAUUGUAUCAAUCCUCAGACAAUUCUCAAAUGCAAAGAUUUAUCAGAACGAUUCAACAUGAUAAUGUGGAAUUAAGAUUGGUAUUACUUGGAAUCUUCAUGACAAAAUUUCAUGUUAUGCGGGCAUCACGAGAAUUUAAUCAAAUAGAACAACGAGCAGCAGACUUUAUGAUAAAAGAAGUUGACAAAAUUUAUUUACCAAUUGCUUAUAAACAAAUGAUUGAAGAAAUUAUGAACAAUAACCAUAAUUUAUAUAGUAUUGACACUAAUAUUACUAGCGGUGAACUGGUCAUGAAGUCAGUUCUUGUUCAUAUUGUGGGAUUACAUGCUUCCAUUUCUCAAAAUAUAUCGCCAUUAGCUGCUUAUUUGCAAGGUGCUCAAACAUGUCAAUCACAUUAUAUUAUUGCAUGUCAGUCCGAUUACGAAACUGUUUUGUUUAAUGCUGUUGCACAAGGUGGAGUAGUAAGGUAUAAAUGCGAUUGUGGAUUUAAAUAUGUAAUUGGUGAUUGUGGUAGAGCUUGGGUAAAAGCAAAAUGUCCAGAAUGCGGAAAUGAUAUAGGUGGGUCUAAGCACAUGUUGGCUGGAGGAAAUGUUCAACUUGAUAAAGAAAAGUCCACUGGUUUCAAAACUCAGGAUCAAACAGGAUAUAUUGAAGAAGAGCCGAAUAAUCAGGCAAAUUUUUCAAUCCGAUCAAUGAUUCCAGCUUCAUAUCGAAUUCUGCAUCUGUUCGUUCACACUCUUAUCGCAGCUUCAGCUACAAAAGCAAGCACAACAUUAUUCAUACCAACUGAAAAAAAAUAUAGUGAUAUAAUUCAAUAUUGUAUGGAACAUAUUAGGUGUGAUUGGAAUAUUUUGAAACAAGUUCUUAAUGUUUCAGAUGAGAAUUUGGCUCUAUUGAUUCAUUCUAUAUUAAGUACUAUGGCCAAAGAACAAUUUCCUCAACAGAAAGCUGUACUUAAAACAUCAGUGGAAAGAGAAGAUUGGGAAAUAGGUUUUAGCGCGGCCUAUAUUUUACCAAAAAUUCAAAGUGUUACUAAAACUGCCGUUGACUUCAAAUCGGAAUUGAAUAAAGCAAUGGAAAUAGCAAAUGUCGCCAAAAAUGGAUUGGAAGAUGAUAUUGCACAAGAAUUAGAGAUGAGCCCACAGUAUAAUAAAGAUUACCUUCCUAGGUUGUGGAGAUUUACCGGAAAAGUUAGUUUUGAUGGAUUUAAUGCAUAUUAUUUAAAGAAUAUUUCGCAAAAUUCCAAAGACUUCCCAUUUUUAAAUAUUUAUUUCAAACACGAAAAGAAUUUAUCACAUUUAAACCAUUUUUAUCCAAUUAUCAAAUUUGUCAAAAUGUUACAUUCAAAACUAGCACACAAAUUAACUAGGGACAAGGCAAUAAAUUAUACCUUUUAUGAAUUCAUUAAACAUGAAUCAAAAAAUACAUUUAUAUCUUUACAAACAGCUUUUACUGAAUUUGAAAAAUCCUGGAACGCAGUUGCUGGAAACGUUCGUAGAUACCAGUGUCAUGACUUUGUGCCUCACAAAUUGACAAAGGAUGAUUCGGUUGUAUUCGGAUUAGUUGAAGCUAAAGAUUCUGGAAUUUAUUUGUGCGCAAUCAUAGAAUAUUUGGUCAAUAUACAAAAUCAAUUCUUAGAAGAUGUUAUUUCAAUUCCAGAUGAAAUAUGUUCAUCUCUUAAAUUCUUACAAAAAGCUGCACCCUGGGCAACUUCAAUUCAAGACAAAACAACUACCAUUUCCAAUCCUUAUCAUAUUCCUUCCAAGCAAAUCAAUUCUUUACAACAAUCUGAUAUAAUCAAUUAUGAAUGGGAUAACAAAUUACUUCGACAUAGUCAACAUAAUCUUGGAAUUAAGCAUGGUGAAGAAGUGAUAUAUGAUUUGCAGAAAAUAGAACAAGAACUUGCACAACUUUUAGUUUCAGAAAAAGUAUUCAUAGAAGGAAAUAGUGAAGAUCAAUUAUACAUGGAACAAUUUCCUUAUCAUAUGGAAUUGUUACAUGGUGGUUCAAGAAUUUUAAAUGAGAUCAAAGGAUUAAUAACACAAGAACCAAUCCCUACCGACAAAAUUUCAUUAAUUGGAGAUACGAAUCAAUUAAGAAAUCAAGAAUUACUUCAAUCAUUGGAAAUUCUUUUAUGCUUUAUUAAAAGGAUAUCGACUAAAAGUGGUGAAACACUUAUUAAAGAUUUUAUUGAUCAAUGGAUUCAGUUAUCAAAUUCGAUAGAACUAAAUAAUUUCCAGAAAAUUAUUACAAUCGAAUUAAGAUUGAAACACAUUGUAGCAUUAUAUGAACUUAUUGAAGAUCAAGUAGCAAAUAUUGGAAUCAGUUAUAUUAACGAUCAAUUUAAAGAACCACUUGAUGAAAUGAUGAAAAAAGAAAUUUGUGAUUCUUUAUUCAUCGAUCAGCAACAGGUUGUCACGGAUAAUCCUAAACAACAAACACAAAUUCCGGCCGAAGCAUUUGUCAUUGCACUAAAAAGAUAUAUGCAAAGAUUUUUGUGUGUAAAUACAAAUAUUAAAGCAAAUACUAAGUUGUAUUUCUAUCUAUGUGACAUGAGUUUAAAUUUGUGGCCUGAUGAAAUUAAAGAAACAUUAGUGGAAGAUAUGUUUCCACAAUCAUUAUUGGUUAAAAAUACAUAUGAUGCUUAUAACUUUGUUAGAGAACAGAUUCAGGACGCUGCCCAAACGCAACAGUCGCAAACAAAAGUGAUACCACUUCAAGACUUACCCGUGAAUAACUCUGCUAUACUUCCACCAAUUCGUGAUAAAGAAACUCCGCUAAAU